AUGUCACACUUCAGUUCUCUGUCCUCUAUGUUGAACCAAAACAAGCUGGAAGUUCCUAACUAUUUGGAUUUGAAACAAAACCUUGAAACUGUUCUAACAUAUGAGGGUUUCAAGUAUGUGUUGGUUGAAGAAAUCCCCAUCAAACCAGAAGAUGCUACUGAUAAGGAGAUUAAGGUCUAUGAAAUGGCUCAGGUCGAUAAAUCUGCUUAUGAUAUGCUCGGAUCUCUCAAAGAGAUGUUUGGAGAGAAGAAUUGUGCUUCCAAACAGAUUGCCAUAAAGACUAUGUUAACCACUAAAAUGGUUGAAGGAUCACUUGUCAAGGAUCAUGUGUUGAACAUGAUGAGUUAUCUGAAUGAGCUUGAGAUACAUGGUGGUGCUAUUGAUAUGGAAUCUCAUGUGGAGAUGAUCAUACAAAAUCUACUGGGCAAUUUACAAUAG